UUAACAAGUCUAUCGCUUCAACAGUUGUUCAGAGACAUUAAAUGUCAAUGUCAUAUUUUAAGAUGAUAAAAAAUUUGUCAUGUUAUGUUUACAAUUAAUUCGUUUUGUACGUUUAUCGGAAAGGACAAUUAUUCUAAAAAAAACUAUUGGUUGAUAAUGAUAUUAAAUUCCAAACAUUGUUAAAAUGGCGUUUUUAGAGUGGCGUCGUUUCACUUUUUUUGAUGUUCACAACAACCUGGACAAUGGAAAGAUUGCUGAGUGCUUGCAGGAUACCAAUGUAACAGUGGCUACAAGUGGUCACAACCACGUAAUACUCUGUGAUGUGACAGGGUGGGCUCAUCUGAUAUCCCGCUCCUGGGAGAUAAUGUCAUUCAAAGCUUACGAGAUGACCGUCCUAUUAGCGCAACAGCUACCACAUGAUCCAUUCUUAGUAACUAUUGGAGAAGAUGAGUCCGGUGUCACACCUUUGAUUAAAGUGUGGGACUGGUCGAGGGUGGACCGACAUGGGAACCCUCAAUGUGUUCGAACUGCCCGUGCUAUGCCAUCUCAUGGGCACAAUGUACAAACUACCGCUCUAGCUGUGCAUGACAAUAAGAAUCUCCUAGCCGUUGGUUUCCAAGAUGGUUCAGUGACCUUAUAUCGUGGCGAGAUAUCAAGACAGCGUGGAAUCAAAAUGAAAACAUUACCAGACACUGGAUCCAGUCCUAUAACUGGACUGGCUUUCAAAGGUGCUGAUAAGUUGUUCGUGGUGUCUCGUUCCUGUGUAAUGGUGUGCUGGUUGACCAGCGACCGUAGUGUGGUUCUGGACGCCAUGGGAGCAGCACCAGGGUGCUCAGUGCUAGCAAACUCACAUAGACUGACGGUUGCCGCACCGGAUGCUAUUUACUGCUAUACUACCGAGGGUCGUGGUCCAUGCUAUGCUUUGGAGGGGGAGAAAGUCAGGUUGAACUGGUUCCGCAGCUACCUGGUGAUAGUCACCAACGCCACCGGUUCAGCAAACACACCGAAAUCCCAUCACAUCACGAUAUUGGACAUUCAGAACAAAUUCAUUGUAUUCUCUAAGACGUUCGAAGAAAUCGAUGCCGUCCUGACAGAAUGGGGAUCCUUUUACAUUCUCCAGAAGAAUAAGGAGAUGAUAUUUUUGGAGGAGAAGGAUCUUCAAUCGAAGUUACUGUUGCUCUUCAAGAAGAACCUGUACGAUGUAGCCAUUAGGAUAGCGAGCAGCCAACACUACGACGUAGAGGGGUUGACUGAAAUAUACAAGAAUUACGGAGACCAUUUGUAUAGUAAGGGUGACCUUAAAGGGGCGAUAGAUCAAUAUGUGAAGACGAUAGGCUGGUUGGAAACGUCAUACGUUAUACGCAAAUACCUCGAAUCCCGCCACCUGGAGCCCUUGGUGCUGUAUUUGGAGGAACUGCAUAAGAAGGGUUACGCCACCGAAGACCACACCACGUUGUUGCUGACGUGUUACGUGAAAAUCGACCAACACGACCAACAGGGGAAAUUGAAGGAAUUCAUCAACUCCAAGGAUAAGGCCAUCGACUUCGACGUAGAUGUUGCUAUCAAGGUCGUCCGUCAAGUGAGUGCCACAGACGCGUUGUCACUAGCUUACAACUACAAGCGUCACGACUGGUACCUGAAAAUAGUGACAGAGGAUAAGAAAGAUUACAAACAGGCUCUGGACUAUAUAUCGGAACUAGAGUUUGAAGACGCCGAGAUGUACAUGAAGAAGUACGGACACAAACUGAUACAACACGUCCCCGGAGAUAGCACCGAGCUGUUGAAAUUACUGUGUACAGACUACAAACCUCGCAGUAAACCGUUAGUAGAUGAGAGCACUUUGUCUGGUAACCUGCGAGAACCCGACAGAGCUGUAGCCGAUGAUUUCAUACACAUGUUCCUGAGCAAUUCUGAGCGUCUCAUAGACUUCCUCGAGCAUAUGGUGACUAAGGACACUCAAUGCUCGAGUCUCGUCUACAAUGCUCUAAUUGAGCAUUAUAUACACGUUUGGGCCAAGUCGUCUGAAGCGGACAAGAGGAUUUACGAGCAGAAAGUACUCGAUAUCAUCAAAGACCCCGAAGCCAAAUACGACAAAGAUCAGACGCUCAUUAUUUGCCAAAUGCUGGGAUUCAAGAGUGGCAUCCUCCAACUAUACGAGGAGAAAAGACUAUGGCGUGCUCAGAUAUCUCUCCACCUCCGUACACCGGGCGGCACAGAGCGCGCGCUCGGAGUGUGUCGUCGUCGCGGAGGGAGUGCGCCGCGUUUGUGGCUGGACGUACUAUGGGCACCUCCACCACCAGAUUACCUUCCAGAGCUGCUCAGAGUCGUGGCUGCUGAAAAACUGUUAUCACCCAUCCUGGUCAUCGAUUGCCUGGCGAGUACACCGACCUACACACUCGGAGAUGUCCGCAAGUACCUGACGGACGUUUUGAAGUCUGAGGACGAAGUGAUCACUAGAGAACAGGAACUGGCAGCGAAAUACAAGAAGGAGAUAGAAGAGAUGAAGACUCAGAUACACAACAUUCAGAACGAACCUAUCACGUUCCAGAGGAGCCUGUGUGCAGCCUGCAGCAGGCCGCUCGAGUUGCCCACCGUACACUUCAUGUGUCAGCACUCCUUCCACAAGGACUGUUUCGAGACGUAUUCGGAGUCGGAGCGCCAGUGCGUGGCGUGUUCCCCGACGCUUCGCCCCGCGCCCGCGCCGCCCGCCGACCAGCUGCACUCACGACUACACGCAGACACCGACCCUUUCUCUGUGGUAUCUGAGUACUUCGGCCGAGGUUUGUUCAAUAAGCUGACUGUGGUGACUGAGGCGCCGGAGCCCGUACCCUUCAAUGUACCCUCAACUGUACCUUACGUACCAUCCGUUGUGACUGUACCCUCCGCACCUGUCCCAACUUACGGACCGGGCGCUGAAGCGAAGCUCAGGCUGCAGGAGGGACAAAGUAAACAAGUCUAUGUCCAGAACGCUUUGAAGCAAAUACCUCCGAAGGGCACGGCGGUGAUUCCUGUACCGGAAGGCAGGAUGCGCCUCCUGGAACAGCAUCAGUACAGUUCCAGCCUGGAAGCCAAUAUGAGCAAACUGGAACCCUUAGUCCACAGAUCCCCUCAACAGUCCCCAAACACCUCCCGGACGAAACCUCCACAGAAAAUAUCCUCAGCGAUCAUCGAUGGCAAAAAUCCCUUCGACACAUACGACGAGUCGAAGAAUCCUUUCGCAGACGAAGACAACGAUCCCACGAACCCCUUAGCCGAAGACGACUAUGAUAAGAAUUUAAACCCAUUCGCCUGACUUACUCUCAUAUAUAACGUAAUAGACCCCUCGCCGCUGUACCCGAGGUGUCCCGAUUAGUGAUUAAGUUGAAAUGUUUGAUUGUGAGUCUUAUUUGCCAGCUUCCUAAGAGCUAUAUCUCAAUGCUCAACACGUUACGUCUUACUCCCUACAUGCAUAUGAGGUGCACAUCCGACCGCUUUAUUUAUCCAUAUUGUAUAUACAUUCCUUGUAUUCAUAUUAGUACAUUAUUAUGCUUUGUGAUAAAAAACACACUUAAAAAGAAA